ACAUUGACACCACCUUCAACAUGUCACCUCAAGCAGCUUGCAGCAGCUGGCCUAGCUGGUAGCAGCACAAUCUACAACUACCACACAAACUCGUUCCAGAGCGCUGCAGAGGGCCAUUUCUCUGAAGAGAAACUCAGAAGAAAUCCCAGGAGAACGCUACACAUCUGCUCUUCUAAUACCUGCAACCAUGUUUCGAAGCUCUGUGGAGACAAAGCAGCGGCGGGAGCUUCUCUUUGAAGUGCAUGAGAAGGUGGCUGACAUCGCCACACAGAUCGCCAAUGAGCCAAGCGUGGGCCUUUACUAUGUGCAACAACAUGUCCAAAAGGCUGUUCCGGCGUUGGUUGAUGCAAAGAAGCAAGUUGCCCACGGGCGGGACAUUACCAACUUUGUGGGGGAAGACGUGAAAACUGCCACUACCACCAUCCAAGGCAUGAAAGAAAGUGGACCGGCCAAUCUUGAGCGCAUGCGCAAGAACAUGGAAAGGGCGUACCAGGCCCUGCCAGCUCUGAAGGCUAUGAGAGGCCAUGCAGGCUCCGCUCUGCCUACACCUCUGGCUACCCCUCGUGCCACCCCACCUUCCAGCCCCAAGAAGGGGAACAGGUCGCCCUGGAAAGGUUUCAGCGCUGGCAGGCCGCCUAGUAAAGGGACUGCGUUGAGCAUGGCAACCUCACCGGAUUUGAACAGGGUAGCGCAAUCACUUGCGGGGAUCCAAGCCCAAAGUCCGGGCGAGCCGGCAUGAGUGUUGCGUGAUGCCACUGGGGCUCAGUCCUGAGCUUUCAAACGGACACAGCCGUUGUUACGACGCCUGCUCGUCAGCAGCAAUGAACCAGCGCCGGCCAUUAUCCGUGUGCUAUGCGACGUCCUUGUUGACCCGCUUGGACGAGGAGCGCGAGCCUGCCUGUUUGCCACGUGGCAGGAGCUGGAGACGCCCCAAGCGGGAGGAUGCGAUGAUAAGGAGACUGCGCGAGGUUGAUGGGAGCGAAAGAGCUGCAGAAAGAGCAACCCAAAUCCGGAAGCACGACUUGGAGGUGUACUGAUGGGUUCACCGAUUCCGCUUGCCUGCAACACGUACUUUUUGAAACGCUCUAUUCCUUCCGCUCCCCACCCAACUUACGGGCCAUAUUGCUGAUCAGCGUCCGUUCUGCUCUUUGGGUACAGUAGAAUACUUUACCUCUUCAAGAGCGGAGGGUACUCGAGUUAAGGGCUUUGGUGUCGCAGCUUAGAGGUUCCCCUAUCAGAAAAGAAAGUCAUCUUGGCUAUCUAUCCCAUGUCAACAUUGCAUUUGAUG